UUUUAUCCUUCUUUGUGUUUUCUUUCUGGCAGUUGGAGCAGUUGAAAUGAUUAAAAUGGAAGACUAUGGUCACAUGAUAUUGACAGAGAGAGAAAACAAGGAAAACAAAGCUCUCUUGUUGUCAGAAGACGAGAUUGUGCCAAAUGAUGCAGACAGUAGAAGGUGCUGGCUGAUCCAGGAAGAUGCAGCCACCUCUGCAUAGCUACUCUAGAAUUCAGACUGCCCUACUUUUGAAUUUCUCACACAUUUCUAAAAAAAAAGGAAUCACGCCAAUGUGAUAAAAUGACACAAAAGUCAAUGAUUAAAUAUAGUUUGUCAGUAUUUGGGCUGGAUGUUGAAAAUGUCCUCAAUCCGGACAAGGUUAUGGAAGAGUCACCUCUGGCCGCGUGCACGCCCAAAGACUACUUAAUAUUAGAUGCUGAUGAUGAGUGACUGUGCGGGAAAGACGCUGGCACUGUUGGCUGACGUGAAGCCUCUGAGGUGCAUCCUCCCCUCUCUGCUCCUCCGCGCGCCCCCGCCUCCCGAGCGCGCAGCAUCAUUCAGCAAGGACAGCCAGCAGCAGCAGGAGGAGCAGCAGGAGCACUGCAGGAGCCCGCGCGCCGUUCACCUCACCUGGCUGGCUCCGCGGAGGUGAUCGCCUGUCCGCUCGUCGGCGGAGGAAGACAGAGUGGAGCCCUGACGUCAUCAUGCCAGGUAGCGGAGCAGGGCGGCGUGGAUCGUGAGGUGGAGGAGCAGCACUGCGGGUGUGCGUGGAGUGGCCCUCCUCUCCAUUCCGGUGAAACACCUUGCGCUCGGACGCACGCGGAACGAUGGACGGCUGGCUGCCGCUGCUGGCUCUGCUCGCCAUUGCGGGAGGCAGCCUUGGGGCGGACACAGAGGAGCGGUUGGUGGAACAUCUUCUCAACCCGGCUCACUACAACAAACUGAUCCGUCCUGCCACUAACGGUUCGGAGCUGGUUACCGUGCAGCUGAUGGUGUCGCUGGCCCAGCUCAUCAGUGUGCAUGAAAGGGAACAGGUGAUGACCACCAACGUCUGGUUAACCCAGGAGUGGCAGGACUACCGGCUGACUUGGGUUCCUGAGGAGUUUGAUGGAAUGCUGAAGGUCAGGCUGCCCUCAAAACACAUCUGGCUGCCUGACGUGGUUCUUUACAAUAAUGCCGAUGGGGUGUAUGAAGUGUCGUUCUACUCCAACGCUGUGGUGUCCUAUGACGGCAGCAUCUUCUGGUUGCCCCCUGCCAUCUAUAAGUCCGCUUGUAAGAUCGAGGUCAAGCAUUUUCCCUUUGACCAGCAGAACUGCACGCUGCGAUUUCGCUCCUGGACCUACGACCGCACCGAGAUUGAUCUGGUGCUUCGUGCUGACGUGGCCAGCAUGGACGACUUCACGCCCAGUGGGGAGUGGGACAUCAUCGCCCUGCCAGGGAGAAGAAACGAAAACCCAGCUGACCCAGCAUAUGUGGAUAUCACAUACGACUUCAUCAUCCGCAGGAAACCUCUUUUUUAUACCAUCAAUCUCAUCAUCCCGUGUGUGCUCAUCACCUCUCUGGCUAUUCUGGUCUUCUACCUGCCCUCAGACUGUGGAGAGAAGAUGACUUUGUGCAUCUCAGUACUGCUGGCGCUCACUGUGUUCCUGCUGCUGAUUUCCAAAAUCGUUCCACCUACUUCCCUGGAUGUUCCUCUAGUGGGGAAAUACCUGAUGUUCACCAUGGUUCUUGUCACCUUCUCUAUCGUCACCAGUGUGUGUGUCCUCAAUGUGCACCAUCGUUCACCAACUACACACACCAUGCCCCCCUGGGUCAAACUGGUGUUCCUCAACAAGCUCCCGGCCUUGCUCUUCAUGCGCCAACCUAGGAACAACUGCGAGCGCCAGCGGUUACGCCAAAGAAGGAGGGCGCAGGAACAGAGAGAGGGCGGGAUGAUGGGUGUCGGAGUGGGGAGUGCUGGCGGCAAUGGAGGGGGGACCUCCACAGCGGUGUUUGGCAAGGACGACAGUGACCCUUGCACGUGCUAUGUGAACCGAGCAUCAGUUAAGCAAUUUGGAGGGGAUCUUGGGGGUGCAGGAGGCGGAUCAAUGGAUGGUUUGAACAGGGUAAGGGAAGGCCGAGAGGGGGGCGCAGGAAUUCUGCCCCGAGGAAAGCAAGCAGCAGGUGGUCCUGCUUUGACUCAAGCCCUGCUGGCUCAAGCCUGUCCAGGCUUUGAGGAAGCGGUGGAAGGAGUACGCUUCAUCGCCAACCACAUGAAGAGUGAGGACGAUGAUCAAAGCGUGAGCGAGGACUGGAAGUAUGUCGCCAUGGUGAUCGACCGCCUCUUUCUGUGGAUCUUUGUGUUUGUUUGUGUGUUCGGCACAAUGGGCAUGUUCAUGCAGCCGCUCUUCCAGAAUUACACAGUUAAAACCAUCGCCAGCACACCAGGCUGACUCCUCCCCGUCCACAGAAACUCUGAAAGACAGCCCCCUCAUCUGUCAGCACAGUGGGACCCGGGCCAGAGGUGUGCAUGUGAGUGUGUGUGGGGGGCAUGUCUGGAUUUUUUUUUUUUUUUUUUUUUUAGUCUACUACUGAACUGGAAAGAAAACUGCUACUAAAAAAGGAACCACAUCCAUUAACUUUAUAGUAACGUUUUUGCAAUGAACGAGGACAACAGAAAAACUCACACGAGAAGUUUUUCCUUUUUCUUUUUUGCUAAACAAACUAAUCUCCUCUUUCUGGAUCUUGAUCCCCUCCUUUCAAGUGAGGAUGCUACAGGUCCCUGCUGAACUUUGGGCCAGCCAAUCAGAGCUUAGCUGACACGUGGCGUGCCCGCCUUUGACCUUGACAGGCAUGAUUUAGUCACAGGGAAGUGAAGUUCUUGUACUUUUUCAGAAAUCCACAGAAUUCCGUACAUUUUAACAUAGUAUUGCAGCUUACCACAGUAUAGCAUUGAGUAUAUAUUAAAACAGUAUUCUAUUUUAGCUCAUGCAAUGGUUUGUUGUCGAUAGAGGGGCUAAGGAGUGUUGUAUGAUUGUAUAUAUAUUAUAAGAAUGUGAAAUAAACAGCUACACCGCCUGGGAUCGGCACACUAUAGGAGGAACAGAUUUGGAAAGAGAUUAUUAUAUUACCGAAAGGGAUUAAUUGUAGAAAAAUUCAAAUUACUAGCUCAUACAUGAUGAUAAAAUCAAUGUUAGAAGAAUUCCAAAUCCAAAUAAUCAAGGCUUUGAUGAGGAGCUAGUCUUAACAGGUGCUGGUUACUAUAAAACUGAUCACCAGAUGAGUUAAAGUGUUUCACACAUUACUUUGUUUUUUUUCCCCUGUUCCCUCUGAUAUAUAAAUGUUGUACAUGUACAUUUCUGUCACACCCUCCAUUUUUUAAUAUAUUCCCUUUUAAUUUGUCCCUCCUAGUCUCUCCAGUCCCGCUCCUUUUGUUUGGUCUCCCUCGGACACAUCUGACAUUUAGUCUAUUUACAAUAACAGUAAUCACCUACUCAUUUAUGCCGUUGUCCUUUUCAGUGCGGCUGAUUUAUUUCACUCCCACAGUUGUCCCGGCCUCUUUGGCAACGGAGCGAGAUGCAAAAAGGCCCUUGAGGCACAUGUGCAAUUAAAUAUUCAAUAAACAGUGACGAAACGCCGACAGGGCUGGCAGCAGUCAUAGAAGGCAAUAAGAUAUACAAAAUUGAUGCAAAGUUUAAAAAAAAAAAGAAAAAAGUGGAGGACUGGAGCCAGAUAUGCAAGGUCACAGGAUUCUUUCUGCUGCAGUGGAAAAAGCUGCUGUAAAAAUGUUGUCUAAUCAAUGUCACUGUCAUCCUCUGUGAACUUCAUGGGCUUUUUGCAGUCGUGCGGCGGAGUUUGCAGCUCUGUAGAAUUUCUAACUGAUAAGUGUCUCCCUGUUUGCCUCCUGCGGAUGGGGAUUACCCGUGGGGAUGCCUCAGCAAAUUCGGAACAAGUGUGAAAAGCCUUUCAAAGAAGAGUUGGCUGCAUGGCGCCGUAUGGAGAAAGCGCUAUAUACCACCCACUCCGUUUUUUUGUUUUUUAUUUUUCUUCCUUUGACCUUUAUUCUGUCCUCACUUCCCAUCUGAUUAUCCUCCAUUUUUCUCGCUCCAAAAUCUGCUCCUGUGCACACCUUAACCUGUCCAAUAAAGGUUGUACAUUUAGA